AUGCCUGGCGGGGGUGUGCGGUGGGUAGAUUUCCGGUCAUCUGCGACGAGGCAGCCCCUGCACGCCUCGCAUCCAGCCCGGUUGCACAUGCACGCCCGAACCAGGAAUCCUCGCCGCCCGUACACGAAGACCGAAACACCAGCCGUCGCCGCGCCCCCACGCCCGCAGCCGCCCCACACCCGCCCGUACACGAAGACCGAAACACCAGCCGUCGCCCGCGCCCACGCCCGCAGCCGCCCACACCCCGCCCGUACACGAAGACCGCCAGCCGUCGCCACGCCCCCACGCCCGCAGCCGCCCACACCCGCCCACACGAAGACCGAAACACCGCCACGCCCCCACGCCCCCCACCCGCCCACACCCCGCCCUUCUUCGCGCCUCGGAAUGAAAAAGAGAGACACAACCCCAAAACCAGAAAAUCACACACGCUCUAUUCCAAGCCACCUUCCCACAAGCCCCUCCCUCCCUCCCUCCCUCAGGCGCCAGAAUCAUUAA